AUGUUUGGCGGCCUCGAUAUGUGCUCUAUCAAAGUUCUUCAGGACACUGCUGGAGAAUAUUUCAUCCAGGAUUGGUGCACUGGUCAGACUCCUACAAAAAUACUUGACUCUGGAAAAAAAACUGUAGACUGUACUCAAGUUGUCGUUCGUAAGGUCUACGGUUCCGAUUUCAUUCUGCUGGGUGAUGGCCAAGAAGAGGAUCGAAUGAGAAUAGCUGAACUACUCCUACAACGGAUGGAAUAUGCAGCCAAAUCUGCAACAGGGCCGAUGUCACAACCGAAAGUGUCCCAAACGUCUACAAAACUGAUACAAGCAUCAACUCCAAGUGCAAUAGGACAAGUGGCGCCGAGUAUGCAAUCCGUGGUGGGUACAACAACUCCCACCAGGGAGCAGUCAAUGCAACCGACAUUUGGUCAGAUUCGACAACAACAACAACCUCCACUAUCAUCGGUGUCCAAUCAAGAGCAACAAAGACUACCAAAAACGCAGCCUCCUCCUCCUCAGCCUCCUCCUCUCAGUGGACCUUCAUCUUCACAGGGCUAUAGGGAGCCUCUGAGUGGACGUUCAAACAUAUCGGGAGGAGCUAUGGACUUUGGUCAAAGUCGAGGCUCACUCCAGUCACAGACGAAAACGCAAUCUCAAUUUGAACCGUCAAUACACCAAUCACAGUCAUCACGAAACGAAUUUUCCACUCAAGAGGCAUUUGAUAAACCCAAAACUUCUAUGCGUACCACUUCCAUGGACUUCUCCAGUCGCCCACCAUCUAAACGAACAAGCUACUCUAGAGAGGGUGAUGAGAGUAUGAGGAUGUCCUCCUCUUCCACUCAUGCUGCUGUGUCAAUACCUCCAUCUGAGUCGAGACCAUCGGAAUCAUGGAGUAGUGGUAACAGUGGACGUCCAAUUAGAGAGCCAUCAGUAGAAAGUUUGGAGUCAAUGCGAGGACGUGGACAGAAAGAAGCGGCUCCUCAACCACCACGACAGUCCUCCCUAAUUAACAGUUUUGAAACACGCACCUUUGACUCCUGUGGCAGUGGUACAGCAUCAAGCAAUUCGGCUACCAGCACCACCAUCUUCGAUCCCUCAAUGAACAUCUUCCAGCCUCAGGUACAAAGUAAAUCCUCCAUAAGUACCUUUCAAAGUCAAUCACAGGAGAGAGAUACACCCACAUCAAUGAAAUUUGAUACAUCACCGUUGGAUUUUGGACGGUCAGCAUUGGGAUCGCAGCACAAUGACCCAUGGAGUGUACCACCACCACCACCACCGUCAUCAUCAUCGGUAUCGGUGAAUCAAACCUCACAACUUCCCUCUCUACUUACUACCUCUUCAGCCUCCUCCUCCUCCUCCUCCUCUGGCACCACAACCACCACCACCACCACUUCAAUGGCCACACGCUCCAGACAGACCUCUCAACAGUCGAUUGGGAAUGCAGACGAUGCUGAUGAUACAAUGAAAAACCUAAGAAAAACAUUUGCUGGCAUCUUUGGAGACAUAUGA